UCUAUUGCUGCACUUGUGGAAUAUGUGACGAAACAAGUAAAACUGUCAAAAUAUUAUAAUCCGUAAUAAUAUUUUCUGUAAAUACAUAAAAACGCGUAAAUUAAGAAAUAUUGCGUAGGUUGUUAGGAAAAUGUCUAAUAAUACGGGUAGAAAUCCUUUAGAAAGAUUUGUUAAUGCUGUCAGUGAUACACUUCAAGCUCCUGUUAUUUGGUUUCGAGAGAGUGUUGUAGUACCGAAUCAAAAAUCUUAUCCUUGGUAUCAUCAAAAACUACGCAGAGUGCCUACAAUAGAUACUUGUUACACUGACGAUCCAGUUUGUGAAUAUGAGGCCAAUCAACAGUUUAUUAGAGACAAGAUGGUUGAUAGUGAGGUGUUGACUAUACUUAGACAGCGUUUUGAGGACUGUUCCUUAUAUGAAGCUCCUGAUGAUGCAGAAAAGUGCAGGACCUUAUUAGAUCAAUACAAUGAAGCUUCUACAAAUUGGUUCAUCAAAUAUGGUGAUUUGGGUGGAUAUCAUAAUGUACGUAGAGCUUAUAUGAAACAAAAGCAUCGCAUGAUUUGGGAACGUCGUCAUGGACCUGUAGGUUCUGGAAUGAAAAAUCAAGAAGAAGUAAGCGGUGCUGCAUAAAGGCUGUUGCAUAAAUUAUAUUCAAUGCCUCAACAUGCUAGUACUUUUGAUAGAUGAUG